AUGUUUCCAUUAGGCCAAAACCCAUCUUUCCUUCAGCCGACUGCCUCCACCACCCCGGACGCCGCCGUCGACCUCUUCAUCCACACAAUCCGCGAGUACGCGAGCAUCCCCCGGCGCCGGGCAAAGGUGAGUAUGCAUUCCCCCCCGCCUCCGCCGAUGGAUCGGAAGGCAUUUUAUCUUACCCUUCGCGUGACCGGGUGGUAUGAUCCAUUGGCUGAUAUGGAGGAGAUACUGCAAGAGGCGUUGGAGGAGGCUGUACGGCUUGCAGAGCGGGUGCGCAGGGGGGAAUUGAGGUUUGAGGACUUUUUGGGUGUUGGGGGGGCUGGGAAGCCUCAGCAGUAG